UACCCACAUUCCUUUUUCUUCUGGCUUCCCGUAUUUCCUAAGGUUGUCUUUGAAAAUCUGUGCUCAGUUUUUGACUUCUUCUUGUUCUCUAGCUUGAUUUCUUCUGGGUUUUCAAGAAAAAUAGUAUUUUUUUGGUGCCACUCAAUUAUAUAGCUACAGUAACUUUAUUUCAGCUACAAAGUCACUCUCUUUGCAUCCUUAUCACCAGUUCUAGUUCUCAUCUUGUAAAAAAGUUUCUUUACCUUCAAGAAUUUGUAAAGCCAUUUCUUUUUAGUUCCAGGUACUUUGAGUGUGGUUAUUACUCUGAGACAUAAACUUUGAUUUGUUUUCUUCUUUUAUUUAAGGUGUUUCUGGUUGUCAAGGUUGAGGUUUUCAUGUGGGUCAGUCAAAGUUGAUUAUGUUGGGUUAAAUAGCUGAUCUCAUGCUAACAAAGUUAGUGAUGAUAGCUUCUUCUUGUCCUUGUUUUAAGGUGUAAAAAAAUUGUCUCCCUUGUUGUCUUUAUAUGGGUCAGUCAUAAAUUUUGUCGAGGUCAUUGGAGAUAGAUUUUCUUUUUCUUGUCUAUUUUUAAGAAAUAACUUAAGUCAUUGUGAUAAAUUUUAGUUAUUUAUGGAUUUUGUGCAUAAGAGUAUAUUUAGAUUUUAGCUUCAUCCAUUACCUAUAAAGAAAAAGAGAGAGUAAAAAAAGAUUUGCUUCAUUUGUGCUUUAGUUGGAGCAUUGUACGGCCAAAAAAGGUUCUUCGUGUUUCAAAUUCUGCAUUUUUUUGGAAAAAGGUUUGAGUGGUUGAUUGCUUUGUUGGGCUAAGAAAUGUUCAUUUCCACUGAGGAAAAACAGAUCCCAUUACCUUCAGAAAAGGUAAUGGAGUCCUUGAAAUCAUCCCCAGUGGGAUCAAACCAAGAUUCCCAUGAUGGGUUCUCACCAGUUUCUGAAUUGCACGAUUCACCAUCCAUUCCUGUCAUCUGUACCGAUGUCAAUGUUGUCCCUGAGCAAGAAAAGCAUGAGCUUGAGCAGUCAAUACUGAAUCUAGAAGGGGAAGUUGCACGGUUGAGGCUGAAGGGGAAAUCAUUGGCUGAGAAACGGAGAGAAGCGUUGAAUAAGAUAUUAGAUAUCAAAGGUAGCGUUCGGGUAUUUUGUCGAGUUCGACCGAUGCUUUUGACAGACAAGAAAAGAAUUCAUGAACCCAUUUCAGCUGGAUCGGAGAAGAUUGUGGUUAAGUUGGCUGGAACAAGGAAAGAAUUCGAAUUUGAUAAAGUGUUUCAACAAGAAACAAGCCAAGAGGAUGUUUUUGCUGAGGUGGAACCAAUCCUCAAAUCUGCACUUGAUGGACAUAAUGUGUGUGUUUUCGCCUACGGUCAAACUGGCACAGGGAAGACAUUUACCAUGGAUGGCACAGAUGAGAAACCAGGAAUUCUUCCUCGAGCUCUGAAUGAGCUCUUCCAUCAAGCCUCUUUUGAUAACUCGUAUUCUUUAUCAUUUUCGAUGAGCAUGUUGGAGGUUUACAUGGGUCAUGUUCGAGAUCUGCUGGCUCCAAAACCACUCUAUAGAGCAUAUGAAGCUCUAACAAGAUGCAACCUCAACAUUCAAACAGAUUCAAAGGGAUCGGUGGAAAUUGAGGGUCUCACGGAUGUUCCAAUUCCAGAUAUUGCAAAGGCCAGAUGGUGGUAUACUAAGGGGAGACGUGUGAGAUCCACUGCUUGGACUAAUGUGAAUGAGGCAUCUAGCAGGUCACACUGCUUAACGAGGAUCACCAUUUAUCGACGUGGGGAUGCUUCGGAAGCUAAAGCACCAGUAAGCAAACUGUGGAUGGUUGAUCUAGGAGGAAGCGAGCGCUUAUUGAAAACAGGAGCCACUGGACUAACACUUGAUGAAGGAAGAGCCAUAAAUCUUUCUCUUUCAGCUUUAGGUGAUGUUAUUGCAGCUUUGAGGAAGAGGAAGGCACAUGUUCCUUACAGAAAUAGCAAGCUAACUCAACUUCUCAAGGAUUCCUUAGGUGAUCACUCGAAAGUUUUAAUGCUUGUGCAUGUAAGUCCGUGUGAAACUGAUGUUGCAGAGACCAUCUGCUCUUUGAGCUUUGCUAAGAGAGCAAGAGGAAUAGAGUCCAAUAGAGAACUUCCAGAGGAAUUGAAAAGGCAAAGAGAAAAAAAGAUCAUUUUGCUUGAAGAAGACAUAAGAGAAGCUGAAGAAGAAUGCCAGAAAGUUAGGAAUCAAAUACACAAGGCUGAAAUUCUGUUGAGUGAAAACAAAGGGCUAUUCUCAACUACUUAUGGUCUUCUUGAAGAAGAAGCCAAGAUCCCCAUAAGCCCCAAAGUAGAUUUGAAAGAAGCUAUUGGAAUACCUCAAACAACCAAGAAAAAUAUUAAACGAAAUCGUUCCAAGUCUCAGCCUCGUUUCAUGACUUCCACUGCGGCCAGUCGUGAAAGGCACAGUGCUGUAGAAAAAGAGAUUGUUGGAAGAGCAAGAAGUUUUAGAUCAGUGACAAGAAGUUCAAACCAGUUUUCACCUUCCCAAUCACUUAGUUAUUCAGAACCUCGUUUCAGGGCAAUUUUACAAAGCUCAAGUAGAAAAUCUCGAUAUGCUGAGACAAAAACUCUCCCUGGAGACAGUCCCAAAUGCAAUGGCUCAGAUUUGAAGGUGGACUCCUUGCCAAGAAAUAAGAUUGUCACUUCAUCAGAUCCAAAUUUGAGAGUUACAAUUUGUCGUCAUAGAAGAAGGAUGUCUGAUCUAAUCUAAGCAUGACAAUGACAAAUGAGUGUUUACUGAUCUUCUAAUGUUAUAACUUAUAAUUGUAUAAUGUGUGCAUGUGUGUAUUGUUUUUGGUUCACAUUCUUUUAUGUGGGAAAGUUUAUAGUGGGUGGUGAUGUGUGUUACAUAUGGUAAUAGGUUGGUUUUCUGGGGCUUGCUGCGUUUGGAUCUCUAAGUUAUUUGUUUUUGUGAUCCUUGUAAUCUGGUUGAGUCCUGUUAAUUAUUUGUUAACAUGAUUUUGUAGCCCUUAUAGGGCAAGUAAACUUUGUUCGAAGUUUGUUAACAUAAUUGUAUGGAAAUGACUUUUGACAUA